AUGGCGGCCGCAGGUGGGCCGGGCAUGCCCCCGGGCUUCACGGGCAUCCUGGGCCUCGCCGCGGGCGGCGGCGCUGCGGGGCAGAGUGCCCCAAGCGUCGUGCUGGCGUGGGCCUCGAACCCGAUGCUGGUGAAGGAGGCGGUGAUUCAGUUGCGGCAGCAGUUCGAGGAGGACGCGUCGGAGAGGCCCGCCUGGACGUAUCCGGACGACGCCGCGGCCGCGGGCAUCGGCGUCCAGGAGGGCCCCAACUACUACCGGGUCCUGGAGGUCGAGCGGGGUGGCGACGACGCCGCGAUUAAGAAGAGUUACAGGAAGCUCGUACUGCAGUGGCACCCCGACAAGCACCCUGCGAACCGCGAGGAGGCCGACGAGAAGAUCAGGGCCAUCAACGCGGCGUACGAGACGCUCGGGAACCCCGUGAAGCGCGCAGGCUACGACCAGAUGCUGGAGGCGGUCGAGCGCAAGAAGAGAGGCGCCCGGCUGGACACGAGCUUCAUCAAGCCGCGCAUGAGCAUCCCGAAGGAGUUCUUCCUCUGCCCGCUGGGGCACCCGGACAAGUUCGUCCGGGCGGUCGGCUCCGAAUUGCUGGUGCAGUCGCGCGAGGACGUGAGCCUGAACUUCCACGAGUUCUUCGGCGCCGCGAAGUUCACGCUCUGGUGGCUGCCGGAGGUGAACAACAUGUGCCGCAUCCGCACCGCCGAGUCGGCGCAAGCGGGCGUGGAGGGGGGCAACGUGCUCAACUUUCUCAUGGAGGGCACGCCCACGGGGAGGAAAUCCGAGCCCCAGAAGGACGCGGACACCACGGCUGCGUGGGCCCGAAAGACCACUCCCGAGGAGAAGGUGCCCCCUCGGAUCAAGGACUCUGAUGGCACCGUCUGGUUGCCAGGCGGCCACGUCAUCGCCCACGACCCGAUCGCGUGCCACUAUUGUAAGGAUGGGUACGGUUUGAUCGCCAACUUCGUCCAGGUUUACGACUAUGGUGGCGCCCCCGCUUUCAGCAGGUCGGCUCGUUCCUCGCGCACGAGUGCGUUACUUACCAAGGCCAUGUGCGGCGAGCACAGGCAGACGCUCGUCAACAGGAUCCUCGAUCCCACGAUCCCUUGCCACAUGACGGAGGCUCAGGGCGCCACCAAGUUCGAGGACGAGAGCGCUAUUCAGUUUCGCUCGGACGCGCCCGUGCGCUCGCGGGAUGACUGGGAGCCAGCCGUUGAGGUCAUGCAGCUGCUAGACCCGCCCGCGCCUCCGCCGGCUGCGCUCCCCAGCCUGGGCGACGCCUUCGGGGAGGUACUGGCGGCGGGCUGGAAGCUCGCAGUGGUCGAGCUUACGGCGAAGAAGGCGGCCAACGCGACCAGCUACAACGCAGAAGACAGCGGUGGCACCAGCGGGGACCUUGGAGACAGAGCGUGCGAGAAGUGCGAGGCGAAGACAGAGCUUAAUUCGAACCGCUACAGUGCGGCAGCUAAGGCAUGCACCAGCACGGCGAUGUGGCGAGCGCGAGCCGAGAUCUCCCGCAAGUUGCUGGACCCGAGCAGGUGCCAGCGCGAACAGGAGGAUGAGGCGAAACCGAAGCCCGACGUCGACAGCUACAACGUGGAGAAAGGUAGCCAAUGGGAGGCGCAGGGCAUCCAUGGAGAGCGGGGGCCCCUCUCAGAGGAGGACCAGAAGAAGACCGAGACCAGAUACCAGAAGUACGCCAUCACGCGCAGCAGGAAGUUCAGCCCCUUCACCCUGCUGGGCUCGAACGGUAGGCCCACGUGGCCACUCAGGCCAGACUUCGCGAAUAUGGUCCUGAGGGGCACGCAGGGCAAGAUACGCGUCCAGAUAUGGCGCGCAGGGAAUCGGCUGGCGGAUUGCGCGCACGUUUCACUCGUAUCUUUCGUGUCCCAAGGAACGUGCAUUUAA